CCAACAUUUAAAAAGUUGAACAAAAGAAGUGAUAACUCACUGAAAAAGACAAAGUGAAACUGAUUGAAUCAGGAAGUUCAGCUGGAAUAACCUUAUUCCCAGCAGGAGCUGAUCUGAACUACUGGAUAUUCCGUAACUCUGAGAAGAGGUUCAACACAGACGAUUCUGACGCUCCAAGAAAAAGAGAAGAAUAAAGGAGGUGGAAGAAAAUGGCUGAAUUGUCAACACAGCAACCAAAACAAGGCAGAAGGAAGAGCAUGGAUCUCUCAAUUCAGUUUUCUGGUGACUCCAGCGGUCUCCUGUCUGAAGAUCAGUUCUUGUGUUCUAUCUGUCUGGAUGUGUUCACUGAUCCAGUCACCACUCCAUGUGGACACACUUUCUGUAUGAUCUGUAUUAAAACAUGCUGGGGUGACAGUCAGCAGUGUAACUGUCCAUUAUGUAAAGAGAAAUUCACCAAGAGACCAGAACUGAAGGUCAAUACAACACUGAGAGAGGUGGUGGACCUUUUCAAAAAGAAACGUGGUCUAGGUAAUAAUGAGGUUCUCUGUGAUGGCUGCACUGGUGAGAAGGAGAAAGCUCUGAAAUCUUGUCUGGAUUGUGUUGCUAGUUUGUGUAAAUCUCAUUUAGAGUCUCACUAUACAAUUCCAAGAUUUAAAAAACACAAGCUGAUAAACCCAGUGAAGAACCUGGAGAACUACAUUUGCCAGAAGCAUGAGAAACCCCUGGAGCUGUUCUGUAGAGAUGAUCAGACAUUUGCGUGUCAGUUCUGCACUGUAACUGAGCACAAAAAUCACAACACUGUUCCUAUAGAGGAGGAGAGUGGACAGAAGAAGACACAGCUGGGAAAGACACAGACAGAGGUGCAGCAGACAAUCCAAGACAGACAAAAGAAGAUCAUAGAGAUCAAACACUCAGUAGAGAUCAGAAAAAGAAACACAGAGAAGGAGAUUUCAGACAGUGUUAAAGUCUUCACUGCUCUGAUUCGCUCCAUUGAGAGAAGUCAGGCUGAGCUGCUUGAGGUGAUGGAGGAGAAGCAGAAAGCAGUAGAGAGGCGGGCUGAAGAGUUCAUUAAAGAUCUGGAGCAGGAAAUCACUGAGCUAAAGAGGAGAGACACUGAGCUGGAGCAGCUCUCACACACUGAGGAUCACCUCCACCUCCUACAGAUUUACCCAUCCCUGUGCAGACCCCCACACACCACCAACUGGACUGAUAUCAGUGUUGACUCUUAUCUGAGUGUAGAGACUGUGAGGAACGCUCUGUCUCAACUUCAGAAGAGUCUGAAUGAAGAAUUUUCUGAAACUCUUUGUGGGAAGACCAGAGAACCAGUCGCAACAGGACUGAAGAGGAUUCAGCAGUAUUCAGUGGAUGUGACUCUGGAUCCUGAUACAGCUAAUCCUUAUCUCAUCCUGUCUGACGAUGGAAAACAAGUAAGGCAUGGAGACACAGAACAGAAUCUUCUUGACAACCCAAAAAGAUUUACCUUGUAUUUCAAUGUUCUGGGAAAGGAGGGAUUCUCCUCAGGGAGAUUUUACUAUGAGGUGCAGGUCAGGGGGAAGACUAACUGGACUUUAGGAGUGGUCAGAGAGUCCGUUAACAGGAUGGGAAUUCCACCGACACCACAGAAUGGAUUUUGGACUCUAGAGUUGAAGUAUGGAAAUGAGUACACAGCUGGUUCUGAUCCCCCAGUCAUUCUCCCCCUGAGAGAGAAUCCUCAGAAGGUGGGGGUGUUUGUGGAUUAUGAGGAGGGUCUGGUCUCCUUUUAUGAUGUGGAGGCCAGGUCUCAUAUCUACUCUUUCACUGGUCAGUCUUUCACUGAGAAACUCUAUCCAUUGUUUAACCCCUUUAAUAGAGAAGGGGGCAAAAACUCAGCCCCCCUGAUCAUCUCACCCGUAUCAAACACUGAAUAAAUAUUCAUCAGUAACUGUAAUGAGAUCAGCAGAAGGAAUGAUGACAUUUCAACAUUUGUUCAGCUUUUAACAAUCAAUUUUAUGGACAAUUUUAUGUCCAACAAAUAAAUAUACAAUGAUUAACAGUCAAAAGAGUACAAAUUUGGAGCUGAUGUUCUCUUCAGCAGUUUAGUUUAAAUAUUUUUUUAAAAAUGUAAAUCAUCAAAUUAACAUAAACUAAAUUUUAUAUAAACACAGAGUAAUUUGUCUAAAUUUAAGAAUAACACAUUUAAGAAUAAGUUUAAGAAAAACACAUUUUCACAUUUUGGCACAAUCACAUCCAUAUGAUAUGCUUGGAGUGCUUGGAACCCUAAUUUUGUUACAUAUUGAAGUAAUCCAUCCUAUAUUUUUAUUAAUUUUCUUCCUGUAAAAAUAUGAUUACCUCUGUUUUAAGAUUGUUUGAACUACAUUUGAAAUUAAUUUUGGGUAAUAAUCACAUUUAGCCUUAUUGACGUACUGAUGAAUAAUGACUGAAUUUGUUUCAAAAUUCCUGUUUUUCACUUCUACAGUCUUUACUUCUUGCUGUAAAAAGUAAGAUUUGAUCAGACAACCAUGUUUUUUAUUUGGUAGGUCUACAAUGGUGUGUGUUUGUUUUGACUGUAUACUAAAAUGCUCAUGCACUGUAUUAAUUUAGUAAAAUUCAGAAAUGUAAUGGAUAUCACAAAAUGUUAUGUGCCUGGACAAUGAUCAGUAAAACCAAUAACAAAGACCAAUGAGGAGCAAUUAUAUUCCUCCUAAAAUUAUUAAAAUUUAAAUUCAUCCUGAAAUGUUUAAUUUGAGACUAUUUAAAUCAGAAAUCAAUAAUCUGUUGUGAGAGGUUUAGGUUAGUCAUUUAAAAGUGAAUGUUUAAUUUUACAUUAUUUAAAGUGUUUACCACAUUUCAUACAAUAAAAGUAAGCAUAUAAAGCUUAUGAUUACUGUGGUUUCAUUAAUUAAUUUUAUUAAUCUUGAAUUCAUUCUGUAAAGAAACUGUUUAAUCUUAAAAUUAAUUAUUAAGCUACAACUAAGUAGAUUGUUUGAUUAUAAAGAAUACAAAUUAAUUAAAGUGUAUUUCAAGACAGCUCUCUCUAUCUAUAUUUGCCUACAUGGAACUACAUCGCCACUAUAUUGUUUAUGUGCUCUGCAUCUUGUUGCUUCAGUCCCAGGAUGACCCUGAUGCAGCUGGCUGAUAUUAAACACGUGCAGGAUUGGUGAUUCCUGAAUUAUGAGUUCAUUUUAAGGGGUGUGGACUGUUGUGACAAACUACCAUAGAAGCUGAUCAACAGUUCAUGAUGGGGUCUGUGAUUGUAUCUAUACAAUGUGAGGACAGGACUUGAACUGCUGCGACGUCUCAUAGGUCAUCUGCAACAGGUGGAGAGAUGUGUUAAUUAUGGUAAUGAGGGGCUAAUGGCCUGUGUGUUUUGUGACAGGAUGAAAUCACGAAACAGUAGUGUCAGUUUUACUUUUUUGACUGGAUGUAAAAGUAAGUGUGAGGACAUGCAGUUUUAUAGUUAAAAUAGUAAAGACUGAGUUAUGUUAUUAACAAUCUUAAUCAAGCAUGAAGACUGUUUUAAAAUAUUUGGUGCAUCAUAGCUUUUUUUGUGCCCUGCUGUUCAAAAUUCACCAUUGUUUUGAGAUCCUUCUUUAAA